AUGAAUCCGCUUCUUAUUUGUGCAAUGCUGCUCUUUACGCCCAUUGUGAGUGUUGCUAGUGCCGGUAAUGUUGUAACGAUUAUUAGUACGCUGAAAAAUGGCGCACCGCUGAAGGGCACAAUCAAACCCACAUAUACUGUGCAAGUUUUAUUUGCAAAACCAACCACUUCGAUUGUCAUACUUUAUGGCACUGAUGGAACCAUGGUUGCAGACGAAAAAGCAAUGGAAGGGCUUAUGAAUACUCGGGGCCUGACACCAGGAAAAGUUAAUUAUAAUAUAACCUGCCCCAACGCACACUUGUACGCGAAUGUUGGACUCUCCUUUUUGAUGAAGAUCAUUUUGGCCGUGAUCGUGUUGUCGAUGGUGAUUGCAAUUAUUUUAUAA